UUCCCUCUAAAUUAAUCUCGAUCCCUUUUAGUCCCUUUAGAUUAAUGAGUCACCCACAAUGAUUAAGUUGUUAUAAAUUUUAUACUAUAGAGAUUAAACUGUUAUACAAGAGUUUAGAGAGCUUAAAUUGCUACCUAUUUGAAAAUAUACAGACUAAAUUAUCACAAAUUAAAGUUCAUGGAUUAAAUAAUGAAAGUACGAAGAACCAAACAUAUAUUUUUUUACCUAACUUAUUCAAUCCAAGAUGGCUUAAAUUAGAUAUUUACCCUAUUUCACAGUUGUGUUACUUAACAUGGAAAUGGAAUCAUGAUGUGAAAUUGAAAAAUAACAUCAAUAGUAAUUUUGGGUCCAUUGGACAUACAUCAUAAUCGAAAACUGGUAGCUAAGACAGCUUUUUUAGUAAUAGAAUUUUCUGGUGGAAGAAUGGCUGUCGAUGAACCAAAAUUACCAUAAUAAACAUUUUGGCGGUAGUUGAAGAAGAGAAGGAGAGAGGGUAUAACGGUCAUUGAAGGAAAAGAGAAUUUGCCCUGGCCCUCUACUGGUCGUUAGUCCACACUCUAAUCUGAUGGCAGUACGAAAAUAUUCUCUCGCUCUCACGUCCUUUCCUUCCACCAGCUCCCCCUCCCAUGUCUGCUCCACAGAAACUGCAUUCUUAGCAUGAACUUGCAGGGCCAAUGCCGUCGCUCGACAGCCAUGUGAUGCAAAUUCCAAGAAGGAAUCGUACAUUCUUCGCUUUGCUCUCUAUAAUUUGCGGUUUUUGCAGUUUUCUUUCUUGUCCAUUCUGGCUCGUCGAUUUCUUCGGUUCGUCGAUUGUAGAAUCGGUGGAUAUGACUCUUCGUCGUAUCUCUUCUGAACUCUGAAGUGACCCCCCCUCUCUUUGCUCUUGCAUUAUUUCACUCGCUGAUUUCAGAAUCGAGCAUGGCGCAACAGGAAGAUGGCUGGCCAUUAGGGUUGCGGCUUAUGAACGCCAGAGUUGGAUUGGCGGGAAAUCGCGAUCUCUCUGCGUCGGUUUCCUUCAAUACUCUGCGCACACAUUCUCCCAGCUCAUUCACCGACUCUUCCUCCGAUCUUGAUACCGAGGUAAUUGGUUUUCAGUCAACUGGGUCGUUCUACCAUGACAAGAGCAUCACGCUUGGGAGUCUAAUUGGUGUGUCCAGCAUUCUGGAGCUAUCACGAAGAUCAACAAAAGGAAACAAGGUGGAAACACUUGAAGACAAGAAGAAGGACAAGUCCAAGCCAUGGCUGUUUUCUUUAUCUUUGUGCAUUAAGCUCCGCCCUGAUGCUGUGAGUUUGAGGAGCUCUCCUUCACUUGAGCACUCGCUUGCUGCAGAGAGGAUAGCUACAAGAAAUCACAGGAUUCAGAACCCUACCAUGUAUGGACCCAACGAUUUCUCACCGAUUCGUCCUGUUUCAGGAACAAACUCUCUGUUUGCCGGUGACCAAGUUGCUCCCAUCUCAUUUGCACCGGUGGUUGAAGAGGGAGCGAGAAAAUCAAAUGGAGAACUUGGUAACAGUCAAGGGGUUCCUCUUCUCUUUUCAUGUCUAUAUUGCCAACUGAUUAAAUAAUUCUUUCUUUGAUUUGUACAAUAAUGUUCAAAUGCAUUGUUUCAAUACAACUUUUUCUCCAUGGAAAAAUGGUCAUCUGUUUCAUUCUAGCA